GGCCAGCUUGGUUUCUACAACGGGGAAGGGAAGGGCAUUCAUUGCAUAGCGAGGCGAGCGCGGGGAAUUUCUUGAACUGUAAUAUCAUACAUAACAUAACGUUUAACGUUAAUCUUAUGGGCUAGAAAUAAUCUCAUGAAACUUUUGAGCAUUGGAUGGGAUGCAAGUAACUGACUUCGGAAUUACCAUGGACCAACAGCCCGCCCACUUUCGCACUGUCCUCGUUACGUAAGAAAAUCCUCGAACAUUUGACACAGGCCUUCGGCCUAACAGGUUCUUACCCAAAUUUCUUUCGCUUUCUUUCUUUCAGCAAUAUCUCGUUCCAACCACCAUGGCCCAACCAAACGACCACCUCUCCGACCUCGACCGUCAUGUGCAGCUGCUCGAGGACAAAGUCAACCAGCUGCGCGCGUCCCUGACGCUCUGGCAGCAAUGGUACCUCGAUUACUCGGCGCUCAAGGAAGAGGUCGAGCAGCUGCCCAGCGACACGCCUCCCCACGAGCAGCUCCGUCGCAUCCGCCGUGACUUUAACAGUCAGCUGCUGACGAAAAAGGAGAUCAACGAGAUCAUGGGAAAGCAUGACCUUAGGGCACCCGAGCAGAUCGUCAAUGUGCUGUCGCGGCGCCUGGACUAUGUCGAACAAAACAUCAACACCUUAUCGAAGUCGCUCGAAACCGAGGAGAACAGGCUUGCCGCGGCCGCCGUUGUUGCGCAUCCCAGUGCCGGCACCGACGAGGAGAGUGGCUUGCCCUUCACCGACAUCAUCGAGGAGCUGGACGAGGACGACAACGUGGUCAACUUCCGGCUGCAGGGCGGUGCGGAUGCCGAGCCCAAGAUCGUCGAGGCGUUGAAGAAGGCGGGGAUUCAAGAGAAGGAUCUUGCUGAGACCGAGGCCGCCCUGUCCAAGUCUCUGGGGGCGUUGGACAUUGGUUCAAAAGAGGACGGGGCGAAAAAGGGAGAAGCUGCCGCUGGCCCUGCAGCAACUGCGACCACCACCCCGCAAGGCCCUCCCCGUGAUGAGCCUGUCGCUCGCAAGAAGUCUGUCUCUUUUGCGGAGGACACCAAGACUGGUGAUGAGGCUGUUGAUCCCGUCCAGUUAAAAGCGGCUCAAAAUCUCGAACGGCUCAUGCAAAAGGCCAGAGAGCAGGAAGCGGUGGACUUGUCGUCGGCGGUUAUCCCGGAUAAUGAGUCGGCAGAGGAGAGCCAACUGCGCCGUGAGAUGCUCGAGUAUGGCAUGUCGGAGAUUGGACCGGUCGUGGCCGAGCUCCAGUUGGAAGAAGACUAUUCCGGCGACGAGGACGACAUGGACUGGAUAGGCAGCGACGAUGAGUUCGAAGAGGAGGAAGAGACAGACGACGAUGCCGAGGAUGACCUUGGGCGGUCCAAGCGGAAAGUCGUCACUUCGGACUACAUGAAGCGCAUGCAGGAGCUCGAGAAGCGUCUCGGCAGCCAGUCUGCCUUUACAGUCGGCGGAUCAGGAACGGAACCCAAGAAGCUGGACGAAGGCAUAGGGCGGAUAGCGGUGGUUAGCGAGUCGGCUCCAUCAACUGCACCCGCACCCGUACCCACGCCAGGCGUAUCGAAGGGGAAGAAGAGCGUCAGCUUCGCGCCCACGUUGGAUAUUGCUCCCGACACAACGUCCCAGCCAGUGCCGGGCGCCGGAUCCAACGAGCGCAAAAUCGCACAUGUUGGCGAUAUCGUAGAGAAGGUAGCGCAAGAGGAGACACUCAAGGACCCGGAGGAACCGCCGAAGCGAGUCUCGAGGUUCAAGAAGGAGCGGCCUACCGACACGGCUUCCUCACACCCGCCCGUCGCUAAGCUUCCUCCUGGCCCGCACCAACUUCCCAAAACCUUUGGCGGGGGCAGCCUUGACCGCCCAGCUGAUCCCGCCCCACCAGAAGAGACACUAGCCACUACGGUUGCUGAGCGGACUACCGUAGCAACCCCGACAGAACCGGACGACUUGGACGAUGCUGUUCUGUACAAAGCCGCUGCGCUUGAGUACAGCCGUUUGCGGAACGAGCUGAUCCGAAACCAGGGCGGCAACGUCGACGAUGAGUCGGGUCUCGUCCCUCUCGACGAGGAACUGGGCGGACCCAAGCGGCAGAGCAAGUUCAAAUCCGCCCGCUUGACCAAGCUGCAAUAGCCUGAGAAGCCAAUGGCUGUUUGGUGGUCGAUUUAAAUCGAGCUAUAUCACCGUUCCAGUCUCUGUACCAUCUCGUGUCGAACCAUCAACCACUUAGGUUUUCUUCUGUUUCAUCCCUAUCAACCAACACUUUCGCACCUGUUGUGCCAGCAUAACAGGGCUCCAAAUACCACCAAGUUGGUGACUAACACCGGAACGCUCGAUUGUCUGACAAUUGGUGGUCUGCAGCUCUCCAUCUGCAUUCACACUACUGGCGAUUCCAAGAUCGAAACUGAUGGGCUCUCUGACGCCUCGACCGUUGGC